AAUUUUCAAAGUGUUAAACCAUGAUCCACUUUUGGAUAUUCCUUUCUUGUACUAUACCAAACACGGGCCUAUAUUUCAAAUUAGAUGACGACUUCCUUUUCCUUCUCAUGUACACUGCGUCUUUCCGCCACGUCUUUCUCCUUCACCAUUUUCUAUAUAACCCAUUCCUCUCUCUCACUUUCCCUUCUCACUCCUCCUCUUUCUCUCUCCUCUCUCCUCAAAUAUGGAAAUCAAUGGCGUCUCCUACUACCGUCACCGGGAAACACCUUCCUCCGAUCACUUCCUCGACGUAUUCUCCGGCACCUCCAACUCCUCCGCCGACAUCUCCGGCGACGAGCUCACCGAAGCCGACCUCUUCUGGACCGGCGACUCCUCGGUUUCAACUCACUCCUCUUCAUCUCCCGACCCUCGCCGUCGUACCCUAGGGUUCCGCCGUGAAUCCGGAAUCUUCGCCGCUCUCCCCGACGACUGCGAUAAUCGGAAGAUUCCGAUGAUUCCGAGUCAGUUUCGGUCGAUUCCGAAGGCGCCGAACCGAGUCGUCGGCGGGGAGAUGUCUCAAUCGGCGCCGUGUAGGAAGUUUCAGCACUCUGCUCCGGUGAAUGUGCCGGCGAUGAUGAGGAAACCGAAGAGGUUCGGUCAAUUGGACGGGUUUUCGGAGGAGAGAGAAAAUGAAGAAGAUGAGGAGAUGCUUCCGCCGCAUGAGAUCGUUGCGAUGAAGCUGAAAUCGACGUCGUCGGUGCUCGAAGGCGUAGGAAGGACGCUUAAAGGUAGAGAUCUGAGGCAGGUUCGCAAUGCCGUGUGGCGCCAAACUGGUUUUCUCGACUAAUUUCUGAAGAAAAUGUUGGCAAAUUUUUUCUUUUUUUUUUUUUUUUUUUUUUUGACUGGGGUUGGGGUAGGUGAAUGUGAAUGGAAGUUGUUUGUUUUUGGUUACUUCUUUCAUUAUCACUGUAAAAUUAA